CCGAGCGGAGCCGGCAGCGCCGAGCGGAGCCGGCUGCCGGCAAAGCCCCGGUGCCUCUGUGGCACUGCUGGGGGCGAGGUUCUCGCUCUCUCGCUGCUGCUCCUCCCGGCUUGCUGCUGCGAGACCGAGAAGCAGAUGCGGAGGUGAGCGUGCGUGCGGCAGGAGAUGCGGAGCGCGCUUGGCUGAGGUGCAAGACCCCUGGGAAGCGCUGCGAGAAGAGGCGGGGAGAGGCAGUGGGAAGGAGGCAGGAGCAGAACUGAAGUACAGCGCAGCUGUUUCCGAGUACUCUGGUUCUUUUGGGUGCCUCAAUGAUUGUGAACAUGGAUUCUGUCACUGAAAUCUUCUUGAAGCUGCUCUUUCUCCUGUCUGUUCAUCGCCAGCACAUGGCAGUGGCAGGGAAUAAAUAUAAUUGUGAUGAUCAGCUGGUGUCUGCUUUGCCUCAGUCAUCAUUCAGUAGCUCAUCAGAGCUGUCUAGCAGCCACAGCCCUGGAUUUGCAAGGCUUAAUCGAAGAGAGGGUGCUGGUGGCUGGUCUCCACUUGUGUCCAACAAAUAUCAGUGGCUUCAGAUUGAUCUUGGUGAGAGGACUGAGAUUACUGCUGUUGCUACUCAAGGUGGUUAUGGGAGCUCAGACUGGGUGACAAGCUACCUUCUGAUGUUCAGUGACAGUGGACAGAAUUGGAAACAAUAUCGUCAAGAAGAAAGCAUUUGGGCCUUUUCUGGAAACACAAAUGCAGACAGUGUCGUGUACUAUAAGCUUCAGCAUUCGAUUAAAGCAAGAUUUCUCCGUUUUGUGCCUUUGGACUGGAAUCCAAAUGGCAGGAUUGGCAUGCGCAUUGAAGUGUAUGGAUGCACAUAUAGGUCUGAGGUGGUUGGCUUUGAUGGGAAAAGUUGUCUAAUUUACACAUUAAAUAAAAAACUCAUUAAUGCACUGAAAGAUGUGAUUUCUCUGAAGUUUAAGACAAUGCAAAGUGAUGGAAUUCUCCUCCACAGAGAAGGACAAAAUGGAGACCACAUCACCAUGGAAUUAACUAAAGGGAAGCUGUCCCUACUCAUUAAUUUAGGUGAUACUAAAACUCAUCCUUCUAAUGCCCAAAUUAAUAUUACGCUGGGCAGCCUUUUGGAUGAUCAACACUGGCAUUCUGUUGUCAUUGAGCAUUUUAACAAUCAAGUAAACUUUACAGUGGAUAAACACACUCAUCACUUUCAUGGCAAAGGAGAAUUCAGUUAUUUGGACCUUGAUUAUGAGCUCAGCUUUGGAGGGAUCCCAAUGCCUGGAAAAUCAGGGACAUUAUCACGCAGGAACUUUCAUGGGUGUUUUGAAAAUAUUUAUUAUAAUGGAGUGAACAUUAUUGACCUGGCCAGGAGGCAUAAAUCUCAGAUCUACAUUGUGGGCAAUAUGUCCUUCUCAUGUUUAGAGCCACAGGUGGUUCCUGUUACAUUUCUGAGCUCCAGCAGUUUCCUGGCACUGCAAGGCACAUCAGGGCAAGAUGAAGUAUUUGUCAGUUUUGAGUUUCGCACUUGGAACAAGGAAGGACUUCUAUUAUCCAGUAAACUGCACCAGUCUUCUGGUGGUUUCCUCUUAUAUCUGAGUGAUGGGAGAGUCAAAAUCAAUCUUCAUAAAACAGGAAGAGUACUGAGUGACAUCGCUACAGGUGCUGGAUUAAAUAAUGGCCAGUGGCAUUCUGUAUCUCUCGCUGUCAAAAGGAGCCGUAUCAGUGUAAGAGUGGACAAUGAUGUGACCACAUCUGCUCAUGCCUUCAUACCUCUGCAGAUUUAUUCAGAUGUUUUCUACUUUGGAGGCUGUCCUAGCAGUGGAAACAUUUCUGAAUGUAAUACCUCAUUUGGUGGUUUUCAAGGGUGCAUGCGGCAUAUUUCCAUUGGUAACAAAGCAGUGGAUAUGAUCUCUAUUCAGCAAAAUGGUUUUGGCAAUUUCAGUGAUCUUCUCAUAGAUUUAUGUGGCAUUACAGACAGGUGUUUGCCUAAUUACUGUGAACAUGGUGGUGAGUGCUCACAGUCCUGGAACAGUUUCCACUGUAACUGUGCCAAUACUGGUUACAAGGGAGCUACUUGUCACUAUCCCAUCUAUGAGCAAUCAUGUGAAGCCUAUAAACACAGAGGGAUCACUUCAGGCUUUUACAAUAUUGAUUCAGAUGGAAGUGGCCCCUUGGGACCAUUUCUUGUAUACUGCAAUAUGACAGAUGCAACAUGGACAAUUAUACAGCAUAACAGCACCAACCUAACCAGAGUUAAAAAUGCUAAUCGAGAGAACCCACACACUGUGUUUUUCAAGUACUCUGCCAGCCUGGACCAGCUUCAGGCUACAAUAAACCUUGCAGAUCACUGUGAACAGGAGCUGGCUUACUACUGCAAAAAGUCAAGGCUUUUAGAUAAGUCAGAUGGGAUGCCACUGAGCUGGUGGAUUGGAAGAACCAAUGAAACUCAUACUUACUGGGGAGGUUCCUUGCCUGCUGUACAAAAAUGUGCUUGUGGACUGGAGGGAAGCUGCAUUGAUUCCCAGCAUUACUGCAACUGUGAUGCAGACAGAGAUGAAUGGACAAAUGAUACUGGCUUCCUCUCCUACAAGGACCAUCUACCAGUAACUGAAAUUGUGAUCACAGAUACUGACAGACCAAACUCGGAAGCUGCUUACAAACUGGGGCCUUUGCUUUGCCGUGGUGAUAGAACAUUUUGGAAUUCGGCUUCCUUCAACACAGAGGCAUCCUACCUGCAUUUCCCCACCUUCCAUGGAGAAUUCAGUGCAGAUGUCUCAUUUUUCUUUAAAACUACUGCAUCCUCAGGAGUGUUUUUAGAGAACCUGGGAAUUCAAGACUUCAUAAGGAUAGAGUUACAAUCUCCAUCUGAAGUGGCUUUUUCAUUUGACGUGGGAAACGGACCUAGCGAAGUUGUAGUGCAAUCACACAAUUCCUUAAAUGACAACCAAUGGCAUUAUGUGAAGGCUGAGAGAAAUGUCAAAGAGGCUUCCUUACAAAUAGAUCAACUUCCUCAAAGAUCUCACAGUGCUCCACCUGAUGGACAUAUCCGCUUGCAACUCAACAGCCAGCUUUUUGUAGGUGGAACAGCAUCCAGGCAGAAAGGAUUUUUGGGAUGCAUUCGUUCAUUACGGUUGAAUGGAAUGGCCCUUGACCUGGAAGAGAGAGCAAAGAUAACACCAGGAGUUGAACCUGGCUGUCCUGGACAUUGUAGCAGCUAUGGUAACCUGUGUCACAAUGGUGGAAAAUGUAGAGAGAAAUACAGUGGAUUCUCCUGUGACUGCACUUUCUCAGCCUAUGCUGGGCCAUUCUGUAAGAAAGAGAUCUCUGCCUAUUUUUGGACUGGCACUUCUGUGACAUACAACUUUCAAGAAUACUACACAUUAGCUAAAAAUUCCAGUUCUCAUGCUUCUUCUUUCUAUGCUGACAUGACGCUGGCCAGGGAAGCAAUUACAUUUGCCUUUCGAACAACACGGACACCAAGCUUACUGCUCUAUGUCAGCUCCUUCUACAAGGAGUACCUCUCGGCCAUUCUCACCAGGAAUGGAAGUUUACAGAUUAGGUACAAGCUAGAUAGCCAUCAAGAUCCUGAUGUCUUCAGCAUCAGUUUCAAAAGCAUGGCUGAUGGACAGCUACAACAUGUGAAGAUAAAUAGAGAGGAGGAAACACUUUUUGUAGAGGUUAACCAGAAUGAAAGAAUGAAGUUUAUUCUGUCUUCAGGCACAGAAUUCAAUGCAAUCAAGUCUCUCACACUUGGGAAAAUUUUAGAAAACAGUGAUGUAGAUGAGGAGACCAUGAAGGCAAACUCUCAGGGGUUUGUUGGCUGUCUAUCUUCAGUGCAGUUCAACCACAUUGCUCCUUUGAAGGCUGCACUGCACCACAGCAGCUCAGCCCCUGUCAUUGUAAAAGGGCGUUUCACUGAAUCCAGCUGUGGUGCUUUAACUGGAGCUGACUCAACAUCAAGUGAAACAACCCAUUCAUUUGCAGAUCACUCUGGACCAAUAGAUGAGGGAAAGCCCUUAGCUAAUGCAAUCAGAAGUGACUCUGCAAUUAUUGGAGGUGUGAUAGCAGUUGUCAUAUUCAUUCUACUUUGCAUCACGGCCAUAGCCAUACGCAUUUAUAAAAAAAAAGGCAUAUACUCAAAAAAUGAGGCAAAAGGAUCUGAAAACGAAGACAGUGCUGAAUCUGCAUUGAAAAGUGAGCUCAGCAUGCAAAAUACAGCCAAUGAAAAUCAAAAGGAAUACUUCUUCUGAUUAUCAUUAAUGAUUUAAUUUAAUAUAGUAACGUGACAGUCUGACUUUCUUGCUAAGCCAGGGGGCUCUCACUGGGCAGAAAAAGUUCUUGCACACUACUCUAAAUGCAAUGGAUUUGAGACUUACUAUACUGGAUAUGUUCAGUCUCAGUGAUUGCUGUAGCGGGCCUCUUUGAAUUACAUGCAUUCCUUAGCUAUUAUACCGUAAAUGCAUUUUAUGUAACAGUGAAUUAGAUAUUGUAACCAAUUUCAUUGUUGGUAGUUUCCGACUGUUCUAAUGUGACCUUCUACAAAUGAAGUUUAAUGUACACACUGAAUAUGACUUUUGAAUGGGAAAAUUGUUAUGAAUUUAUUCCUAUCCUUUUCUUUAAAAUUUGAUUGAUGAUUUUUUUGUUCAAGGUGAAAGGUAGAUUCUUAUACUUUAUGUACUAAAGAAAUUCUGCUGUGAUGCA